AUGCAGCGGUGGCCAGUGCUGCUCUUCCUGGCCUGGGUCUGCUUUCUCUUUUUCGCUGGUAUCGGGCUUUUCAUGAGCGGCUUCCUGCUCACCCGGAUUGAGCUUGCCAGCAGCAGUUCUUGCUCAGACCCGCUGGUGCCACCACCCUGGGAGAGGCAGAGCCUCCCGCCGGGCUCCUGUUGGGCACCCCAGCGCUUUUCCAAGGCCGUGCUCGUCAUCAUUGAUGCCCUCCGUUUUGAGUUUGCCCGCUUUAACCCAGCCAAGGCCAGCCCGCUGCCCUAUGAGAACAAACUGAGUUUCCUGCACCACCUCGCAACCUCCCAGCCCCGCCAUGCCCGUCUCUACCGCUUCCGAGCUGAUCCCCCCACCGCCACCAUGCAGCGCAUCAAGGGCCUCACCACCGGCCACCCCCCCUCGCUCCCCACUUCCAUCGACGUGGGCAGCAACUUUGCCACCUAUGCCAUCCAGGAGGACAACCUGCUGGCGCAGCUGGUGCAGAAUGGAAGGAGAGUGGUCUUCAUGGGUGAUGACACUUGGGAAGGACUCUUCCCGAAGAAGUUUUUCCGCUCGUAUUUCUUCCCGUCUUUUAACGUGAAGGAUCUUCACACUGUGGAUGAUGGGAUCCUGCAGCAUCUCUAUCCAACUGUUGACAGCGGUGAAUGGGAUGUGCUGAUUGCUCACUUCCUCGGCGUGGACCACUGUGGGCACAAACACGGACCUGACCAUCCUGAAAUGGCUAAGAAGCUCACCCAGAUGAAUGAGAUGCUCAGGUCCUUGGUGGAUCACCUGGGGAAUGACACCCUUCUUCUGGUGGCUGGAGACCAUGGCAUGACAGAGACUGGAGACCAUGGUGGCGACAGCGAGAAGGAAGUGAAUGCAGCUCUGUUUGUGUACAGCAAAACACCCCUCUUUGGCACUGGCCCUCCAGAGGAGCCUGAGGCCGUUCCCCAGGUGAACCUGGUGCCCACUGUGGCCCUGCUGCUGGGUGUGCCCAUCCCCUACAGUAACAUUGGGGAGGUGAUGGCGGAGCUCUUCUCCGGGGACGGCGACGCUGUGUCUGCAGCCUUGCAGCAGCUCUCAGUCUAUCACAUCAACGCCAAGCAGGUGGACCGCUUCCUGCACUCAUAUUCGCUGGUGGCUCAGGACCUGCCAGCAGAGCAGCUCCAGCGUCUGCAGGAGCUCUUCUCCGGUGCCGUGGAGGAGCACACUCAGCUCUUGGCCCAGGUGCAGGGAGCAGCGCUGGUGCCUCCGGAGCUGGAGUCCAGACUGGGAAGCCUCAUCAGUCGCUUCCAGCAGUACCUGCGGGAGGCACGGGCUGUGUGUACCCAGUCCUGGGCCCGCUUCCAUCCCCUGCGUAUGGUGGGGGGCUGCAUACUCAUUGCUGCUUCCUGCUUGCUCUGCUACAUGGCCUCAGAGCUGGCAACAGCUUCGGACUCUUUCUAUCGCAGCUGCCUCCUGUACCCACUGCUCUGGGGCCUUCUGGUGGCUGGUCUGCUUGGGCUGGCCCAUGUGUUCACCCAGGAGGGGCUGGAUCUCCUCCUGGUGUCAUCCUGGGCAGCUGCAGCUUCUCAGCUGGGGUUUUUCUGGCACUGGUGGGGCCAGCAUCCCAAGCGAGCCCCACUGGUGAUGUUGCUAGUAGGGAAGCUCCACUGGGACGGUCGUCUGACUGUGCCAGAAGGCCCCAAGCAGCAGCUCCUUGGCUUUUCUUCUUACAGAAGAGAGAUCUGGUACCUGCUGUGCCUUGUGGCCAUGCUCCUGGUCUGUGUGCGCCUCUCCGGUUUCUUCCACCAGUGCCGCGAAGAAAUCCCUCAGUGCCGGCCCUCUCUUUUUCUCUCCCCGCUUGCCAGCCUGAGAAACGCACGGGCCAAGAAUCUCUUCUACCUCCUGUGCGUGGCCUUGCUGGCUGGGCUGGUCUAUGCGGUGCGGAGCUGGCUGCGACACUACGGCAACCUGAACAGCUCGGACCCUCUCGUGCUCUUUGUGCGGUGGGGCUUCCCACUGGUGGUCCUCUGCAUUGCCUGCUACUGGGCUGUUGCCUCCAGCGCUGAUGACUCUCUUGGCAAGCUGCAGGAGCUGGUGCAGGUGGCAGUCGUUGCCUUUCCAUGGGCUGUGUAUGGACUAGCGUCCAUGGGGCUGCUGCUCCUGCUCUGCAACCCCAUGACGGUGUUCGCAAAGGACACGCGGGAGUCAGCAGGAUCCAUUGUCACUCCCUACCUGGGAGUUCCCAGCUCUGAAGUCGACUUCCUCCACGUCAUCCCUCAGAUCUACAAGAGGAUGCAGGAGUCUCAGAAGAGCCGCCUGGAGCGGGGCAGCUGCAAGGCCACCGUUGCAGCAUAUGGGCUGGGCAGUGUAUACUCAGCAGCCCUGAUCAUAGCACUCACCCUGCUGGGCUUCCUCUUGAUGCUUCUGCACAGUGAACGGCUGAGUCUCGCCUUUCUUCUCCUCUUCCUGGAGGCCUUCGUCCUGCUGCACAUCCACACACGUGCCAGAGGCCUUGCUGGAGAUGCUGAGCCUUUUUCGGUGCCCUGGUAUGCAGUCAUCUCCUGGCUCCUUGCUGCUUCCCAGUUCUUCUAUUCCACAGGCCACCAGCCCAUCUUCCCGGCCAUCCACUGGAAUGCAGCCUUUGUGGGCUUCCACCUUGACCACAGCACGAACCUCCUGCCUGCUGUCCUGGUGGGCGCCAACACCUUUGCCUCCCAUAUCCUCUUUGCAGUUGGCUGCCCUCUGCUCCUGCUUUGGCCCUUUGUGUGUGAGAUGCCCAGCUCGCAGAAGAGGAAGCCCAAGAAGGAGCCCCGGGAGGAGCUGCAGGAGGUGGAGGAGCACAUGAUGGAGAUGAGGCUGCGGGAGUCCCCGGAGAAGUUCUCCACUGCUCUGCUGCAGCUGGGGCUGAAGUACCUCUUUGUCCUCGGGACACAGCUUCUGGCCUGUGUUUGUGCAGCUAUGAUCCUCAGGAGACACCUCAUGGUCUGGAAGGUCUUUGCCCCAAAGUUCCUCUUUGAGUCACUGGGCUUUGUGGUGAGCAGCAUCUGCCUCCUGUUGGGGAUCUCCCUGGUGAUGCGUGUGGACUGUGCCGUCAGCACCUGGUUCAGCCACCUUCAGCUCAGGUAG